UUCAUUCUGCUGCAGAAAAACUUCAAUGUGCAGAGCGACUGUGAAGAGUAGUGGUUGUAGUACUUCUGUUCUUUCAGACGCGGGCAUUUAACGAAAUAUAAAUAAACUAAGCAACUGUGUGGGAUGUAUGCAAUCAGAUCCUUCGCAAAACAUUUAUUUUCUUGUAUUAAACAACGAUUUUUCUCCGUAGCGUUUGAUGUUUUCGGAUGGCAGGCAAUCGCAAGAUAGGAGGAGCCCUCGUUUCUUACAGCGCCGACUAGCAUUGCUUUGCGUGUAAGCAUAAGUAGCCUAGAAUCCUAACGCAGGAAUUCCCUAGGCUUGGACAUCUCACUACGCUCACCCGUUCAUACCUCAAGAAACAUGUCAUCUCAAACUAAAUAUAAGAAGGACAAGGAGAUCAUUGGGGAGUACGAGACACAAGUGAAAGAGAUCCGGAACCAGCUGGUGGAGCAGUUUAAAUGCCUGGAGCAGCAGUCCGAGUCACGCCUGCAGCUGCUGCAAGACCUGCAGGAGUUCUUCCGGCGCAAGGCCGAGAUCGAGCUGGAGUACUCGCGCAGCCUGGAGAAGCUGGCCGAGCGCUUCUCCUCAAAGAUCCGCAGCUCCCGGGAGCACCAGCAGUUCAGGAAGGACCAGCACCUCCUGUCCCCGGUGAACUGCUGGUACCUGGUGCUGAACCAGACGCGGCGCGAGAGCCGGGACCACGCCACGCUCAACGACAUCUACACCAACAACGUCAUCGUGCGCCUCUCCCAGGUGGGAGAGGAUGUCAUCAGGCUCUUCAAGAAGAGCAAGGACAUUGGGAUACAGAUGCACGAGGAGCUUGUGAAAGUUACAAAUGAACUCUACACUGUGAUGAAGACAUAUCACAUGUACCACACGGAAAGCAUCAGCGCCGAGGGCAAGCUGAAGGAGGCGGAGAAACAGGAGGAGAAGCAGUUCAGUAAGUCGGGGGAUGUCAACGUCCACCUCCUCCGUCACGAGGACCGGCCCCAGCGCCGCAGCUCCGUCCGCAAGAUUGAGAAGAUGAAGGAGAAGAGGCAAGCCAAGUACUCUGAAAACAAGCUGAAAUGCACAAAAGCCCGGAAUGACUAUUUGUUGAAUCUGGCAGCUACGAACUCCGUUGUGGCAAAGUAUUACAUCCACGACGUCUCCGAUAUGAUAGACUGUUGUGACCUCGGUUACCAUGCCAGCCUGGCCCGCACCUUCAGGACGUACUUGUCGGCGGAGUACAACCUGGAGACGUCCCGCCACGAGGGCUUGGACAUCAUCGAAAACGCCGUGGAUAACCUGGACUCCCGCAGUGACAAGCACAAGAUCAUGGACAUGCACAGCCAGGUCUUCUGCCCUCCUCUCCGCUUCGACUACCAGCCACACAUGGGGGAUGAGGUGUACCAGGUGAGCGCCCAGCAGCCCGUGCAGACAGAGCUCCUCAUGCGCUAUCACCAGCUGCAGUCUCGCCUGGCCACCCUGAGGAUCGAGAAUGAGGAGGUACGGAAAACUCUAGAUGCCACCAUGCAGACUCUGCAGGACAUGCUGACGGUGGAGGACUUUGACGUGACCGACGCGUUCCAGCACAGCCGCUCCACCGAGUCUGUGAAAUCCGCCGCCUGCGACUCCUACAUGAGCAAGGUCAACAUCGCCAAGAGGAGGGCCAACCAGCAGGAGACCGAGAUGUUUUACUUCACUAAAUUCAAAGAAUUCCUGAAUGGCAGCAACCUCAUAACCAAACUGCAGGCGAAACACGAACUCCUCAAGCAGACGCUGGGGGAAGGAGAGCGGGCAGAAUGCGGAACAACAAGGCCCCCCACUCUCCCUCCUAAGCCCCAGAAAAUGCGGAAGCCUAGGCCUCGCUCAGUGUAUAACCAUAAGCUGUUUAACGGUAACAUGGAGACCUUCAUCAAGGAUUCAGGUCAAGCCAUACCAUUGGUGGUGGAGAGCUGCGUUCGAUACAUCAAUCUAUAUGGGCUGCAGCAACAGGGUAUAUUCCGAGUUCCUGGAUCUCAGGUCGAAGUCAAUGAUAUUAAAAAUUCAUUCGAAAGAGGUGAAGACCCCCUGACGGAUGUUCAGAGUGACCAUGAUAUCAACUCUGUGGCUGGGGUCCUGAAGCUGUACUUCAGGGGCCUGGAGAACCCACUCUUUCCUAAAGAGCGCUUCCUGGACCUACUGGCAACCAUCAAACUCGAAUCAGGUGCCGAGAGAGCUCAUCACAUCCAACAGGUCGUUGUGACUCUUCCUCGUACCAUCAUCAUUGUCAUGAGAUACCUGUUCGCGUUCCUUAAUCAUUUGUCCCAGUACAGCGAUGAGAACAUGAUGGACCCCUAUAACCUGGCCAUCUGCUUCGGCCCCACCCUCAUGCCUAUUCCGGACGGCCAGGACCCAGUGGCCUGUCAGGCCCACGUCAACGAGCUCAUCAAGACCAUCAUCGUCCACCACGAGGCCAUCUUCCCCGGCCCCCGAGAGCUGGAAGGGCCGGUCUAUGAGAAGUGCAUGACUGGAGGGGAGGAGUACUGUGACAGUCCUCACAGUGAGCCUGGCACCAUUGAUGAGGCAGACAAUGGCACCGGGCCACACACCAGUGAUGAUGAGGUGGAGCAGAUCGAGGCCAUUGCCAAGUUCGACUACACUGGACGCACUCCACGGGAGCUGUCCUUCAAGAAGGGGGCAUCGCUGCUGCUGUACCUUCGCGCCUCAGAGGACUGGUGGGAGGGGCGGCACAACGGUGUGGACGGGCUGAUACCUCACCAGUACAUUGUGGUCCAAGACUUGGAUGAUGCUUUCUCAGACAGUCUCAGUCAGAAGGCAGACAGCGAGGCUAGCAGUGGGCCCCUCCUCGAUGACAAGUCCUCAUCUAAAAAUGACAUCCAGUCCCCCUGUGAGCCCCCGCUCGACUACAGCUUCGGAGGGGUCCUGGGACGGAUGAGGUUACAGUCUGACGGAGCUGUGAUCCCCCGCUGCCGCGGUGGCGAUGCCGACACCCACAGCCCCUCCAGGGGGUUGGAUACGCCCCCGCGGGCAGCGGCAUGCCCCGGCAGCCCGCGCAAGAUGGCUGUCAGCAGGGGGCGCCUGGAGAGUCCCGAGAAGCGGCGCCUGGCCAUGUUCGGCAGCGCGGGCAACGUGAAUUACCCCGAGAGGAAGGCCUACCCCGAGGGCCACCCCCUGAGGCCUGCCCCCUGCGCCACCCGCCACAGCAGCCUGGGUGAUCACAAGUCCCUGGAAGCAGAGGCGCUCGCUGAGGACAUUGAGAAGACCAUGAGCACGGCGCUGCACGAGCUGCGGGAGCUGGAGAGGCAGAACACGGCCAAGCAGGCGCCCGACGUGGUGCUGGACACGCUGGAGCCGCUCAAGCACCCGCCCGGCUCCCAGCCGGCCAGCCCACUGCACACCAUCGUGAUCCGCGACCCAGAUGCCGCAGCGCGCCGAGGCGGCGCCGGCUCCGCCCCCGAGACCAUGAGCACCUUCAAGCCGGUCCUUUCGGCCCGCCUGGCCGGCGCCCAGCUGAGGCCCCCUCCCGCCAGGCCGGCCCGGCCCGCGCCCGCGCAGCUCCGGUCCAGCAGCUCCAGCUCGUCCGGCGUGGGCAGCCCAGCCGUAACCCCCACCGAGAAGCUCUUCCCCAGCAAGCUCUCCCCCGACAUGUAGCCCCUGUACCCAUCGCCCCACCGCUGCACCACUCUUAGUCCCCUCUGUCCUGAACCCUGUCCAGUCGCUGGGGCUCAGGGCUUGAGCCCUUACAUGUAGUCUAGAUAUAUUUAGCCUUACUUAAGAUUUGACUUGAAUUCAUAACCGUGGCGACCAGCCCAGGAGAAGGUCAGUUGCCAGUAGGAGUACUGUAGCACAAAAUUCCUGGCGCAAAACCACUGAGAGACACUGGAAUUGAAGAAACGUGAAAAGAACAGAAAGACAAUUUACUUAGUUCUUGUAAUUUGUUUCUUUUACCUCAUAAAAAAAUGACAGCAUAAGAUUUGUCUGUAGCUGGCAUCCUACUGGGAUGAAUGAACUGUAGAUCUGAAGUCCUGCAGUACAGCCAGUAUUCAUUUCUACCCAGCACUGGUCAGCCACUUGACUGGACCGCGUUAUCUCAGACUCCAGCAGCGGUCUGUUUGCAGAAUGACCGUGGGCUAUGCGCUGUCCUGUCGUUAUGUUACCGGAUGGCACAUUCAGUUUGGCGGCUGUCCCUCUAAUGCUGCGAGCAAUUAUAACUUGCAGCUUUAGGCUUGCAAAAAGAUGCAGUGUGCUUACUUGAAGUGAUAUUUCUUCUGUCUAUAGUAUAAGGAAUAUACUGCGGAAUUACAAUAUAACAAACAGAACAUGGUGUAUCGAACAUGCAGACUGUAGUAUGAAUCUGAAAUAAAUGUACAAACUAAUAAUAAGGAAAAUGUGUUGUACUUGUAGUUUAAUGUGUAUAUUAUUGAUAGUCCUAACAUUCUUCUAAUCUUGUACAGUCCAAGACUUAACAGGCAAAAAAUGAGAGCGAAAUAUGUUUAAAAUCCAAUCCAUUAAAACAUGCAAAAAAAAGAAACGUAAACCCAA